CAGCGGGUUUGGGUCGUCAGCGGAUUCGAAUCCAAAAUACCUCUCAUGAUUUAGCCAGACCAAAAUUAGGGUUUAUACCAAAAUCCCCAAAUCUCUCUUGAGAGAGACAAAACAAUGUCGGAUUCGUACAGGAAAGUGAAAGCAGGCAGGCUCACCUUCAAGGGCGGCGAUCUCGCCACCGUCAAAUCCAUCGACAAGAAGAAGAACAAGAAGAAGAAGCACAAAUCCAAAUCCAACGGCGAAACCCUCGACCCCGACCUCGGCGGCGACGAGAAUCAUGAAUCGGCCACGGCUGCGGAGAGGGAGAACAUCUACACGAUCGACGCAGCGAAGAAGAUGAAGUACGAGGAGCUGUUUCCCGUUGAAACGAAGAAGUUUGGUUAUGAUCCCGCGAACAAGGAGAAGACUGGAGCGAGAUCGGUCGAGGAGGCGCUCGAUGAUCGCGUCAAGAAGAAGGCCGAUCGCUAUUGCAAGUGAUCAGAUUCGAUCUAGGGUGUUCUUGGUGUUUCAUUUGACAUUCCGUGUGGAGGGAUGUUAACUAGAGGCAGGAGGAGCGUGGAACUUGGUAUGCCCAUGUAUGAACUUGUAUAAAGAUCGUAUAUCUUGUGCUUUGAAUGUUGUCUAACAUUGAGAUUGUUGUAAUUGACUUAUCAUAUGCCUUGAAUUGUAAUGCACAUACAAUGAAAUUUUCACCGCGGCAAAAUUUUACAUCUCAA